CGGCAACCUCCCUCAACGCUGUGGUUAUCAAUCCUUGGGGCAUGGACCCCACCUCGAGCGCCCCGGAAAGUUCGAGUUCGAGCCUAGCCAAGGCGAAACUCGGGGCUAGCCUCCAAAUCGUCGGCUCAAUGACUGUUGGCGGGACCUUCUACGGCUUCAUGACGGUAACCGCUGGGCUGUGCGCUCAUUCUCUCAUCCAGACGCGUCAAACGCGGUCGGGGAAGCACCUCGUGUUUCUUUUGGUGUACAUCGGCGUACUCUGGACUACGGGAACCGUGAUGAUUGGCGGAGUAUCAGGAGUUGCAGUCGAGACGUACGUUAUCCAUGCGUCAAGCUCCCUCGAAAGCCCAUACGCGCAAGAACCAAUCCCAGGAGGGUCUACAUUAGUGGCGACUGCUGCCUACUGGAUGGUUCUUAUACUUUCGGAUGGGAUGAUGAUUUGGCGGUUCAAAGUGGUCUGGUCAACAUCACGUUUUUAUCGCUACCUUAUAACCGUCCCUGUUGUCCUCUACGCGGUAAUAUCAGUUUUCGGCUUCCUCUCUUUCAUCAUCUUUUGCAACCGCCCGUUAUGGGGCAGCGCCAGCGUUAAACAAGACCUCAUCACCGCAAUGAUAUGCUCCUCGUUUUGCCUUAACGUACACGUCACUGCCACCAUAGCAGGACGCCUGUUCCAUUACAGGCGCCGAUUUAAGGCCAAUUGGGGUUCACCAGAUACGGGGCACUACACUUCUAUGGGCUCUAUACUCAUCGAGUCUUACCUCCCACUGACAUUUUCCACCAUCCCGCUUUUGGUCACGUACACCAUUGAUAAUCCGGCUGUGUACAUGUUGGUUUCGAUCCUCGGUCAGAUGCAGAUUAUUGCAUUGCUCAUGGUGAUGCUCCGCGUCUCGCGCGGAGUCGCAUGGAAUUCGUCGACGGCUCCGCAUUCGGUCGAGAGUGCGAUAGACAGGGCACUCGCAGCCCACGAUGAACAAUUUGUGCAGAGUGCGGUUUGACGAUGCAUGUCGACAAAAUGAAUGUGGCAGAGGCGAACCGCCUACCAAAUGUACAAUGACAU